CUGUCUCGAGGACUUCUCGCGACUGUACGCGGAGGUGGCGGCGCUGGCGUGGCACCUGCAGGAGCUCCGCAAAGGCCAGGCGCAGCAGCACAGCGACGCAGACUUGUUCUACGUCCACUCGAUAGGGCUGGUCUCGACGGGCAUCUUAACGCAGGAGAUUGCCAACGGCACUGACGGGGAUGGUCCUCACAUGGCGCCGCUGACCUUCGGGGCCACCCCCGCUCGGAUCUACCGCUUCGCCGCCUGCCCGACGGAGGCCGAGCUGCUCGAUAUGGUUCGGGCCGCCAGACGGGAUUCGCGGGCGGCUGGCCUCAAUGUGUCGGAUUUCCUAUUGUUCGUGCGGAAUGGUGACAUCCUCGGCGGCGCCUCCACUGUCAGCUUCGGUGAGGUGCCAGGCUUCUACCGCCGCGUGGGCCGCAAGGGUCUGGACGACGACGCCAGGGGCGGGGAGCUGAUGGAUGCUGGGGGGGCCGCCGCGCCCGUGCCAGACCCUGCGGGCGACUGCGUGCUCGUGAGCGCGGAGGUGCCCGUCCUUGGUCUGGCAUGGGUCUACGCCAAGUCUGUGUCUAACGAGAUGCAGCGUGGCGGUGAGAUCACACUGGCUCCUGGGGAUGUCAUGUGGGGCAAGAGCGGCCUGCGUGGUAGUCCGACUUGCUUCGUCGUGCCGAUGGAGCUG